CUGACGGCACGCCCCGCCCAAUACGAGUGAUCUAACGUCGAUCAAACAUUCCAACGGCACGAGUGCGGAUGUGUGGUUGAACCUUACGCUUCCUUGGGCCCUCGCAGCGUUUUCGACGAGGCAGUGAGAGCGCAUCGCUGCAAUUCCACGAUCGCGAUUGACAAUCGAGGAGCCGCGAUACGCACACAACGAAGGGGACAAACACUGCGAAGAAGCGAGAGAAAGAGAGAGAGAGAGUGUUAACGUUGUGACAUGUCUGACAUUCUAGACGAGCGCGGACAAUUCGCGAAUAAUCCGUACUUCAGGGGAUACGAGUACGGCGAUUACACACCGUUCUAUGUCACGGUGGCCUUCUGUGCCGUCCUGGGUGGUGUCUUGUUCAUCCUGAACAUCGUGUUCUGCUGGUGCUCACGGCACCGGGAAUACUGGCAGGAUCGCAAUACUGGCAAUAGGUGGAUUCAGCCCAUGUGGACUGUGUUACCACACAAAACACCUCCUCUUGAUCUGAGCGAACUGGAGUCCCGAAUCAUCAAAUAUCCUCAAGUGAGGCACGAGAUCGUCCAACAAGAAGACCCGGAGUUCCACGGCAUCUCGCCGCAUCCGCAAGAAUACAUGGAGAUGCACAAACGCGAGAGUGACAUUUGAGAGACAGCCGACGACCAG